AUGAGGCCAGGGAAGGCAGCCUAGAGUAACCACAGGAUGGAGGGGCUCCGCUGGGCUUUCGGCUGUGGCUUUUGGCAGCCGACUCGUCACGAGUGGUUACUGGCGGCUCGCUGUGUGCAGGCCGAGGAGAGAGAGCGUAUUGGCGCGUUUGUCUUUGCAAGAGACGCCAAGGCCGCCAUGGGUGGCCGUCUACUAAUAAGGAAGUUAAUUGCUGAAAAAUUGAAGAUUCCAUGGAAUGAAAUACAGUUGCAAAGGACAACAAAAGGAAAGCCAUUUCUGGCAAAUCCAGUCUUUACCACAAUCCCAAAUUUUAAUUUCAACAUCUCUCAUCAUGGAGAUUACACUGUUCUGGCAGCUGAACCUAAUCUGCAGGUCGGUGUAGAUGUUGUGAAGACUGAUUUUCCAGCAUGUGGGAGGAGGGGUGCUGCAGUCCAUGAAAGCAGCAAUCCGAACUCCUGUAAGCUUGAACCCACAGUCCUAACUAUUUUGAUGGAGCACACACCCAUUCAACUUUUGCUGGAUGGCAAGAUUAAAGAUGGCGUGAUCAGCCAAAAUCAAAAACUGCACUGGACCCUAAUAUUACAGGGUCACAAUAUUACAGUCGAAUGUACCAAAGUGCCCAUCUUCCCAAGCAACAAUUUGAGCUACGGAGGGGAACCCAUUCAGUGUCAGAUAGUGGCAACAAAUGUCCCCAAGGGACUACUUAUUUGUGCCAAGACAAAGAUGGGGAAGACCAAUGGAACCUGGGAAGCAGAAGAGAGACCCUGCAGAAUGAUAUUUGUAGACGGAUCCUCUAUGAUAAAGAAUGGACACCGAAAGACAGGAUGUGCUGCAUCUUUGGAGAACCACACAGGUGAAACACGAAUAGAGUUGGUGCUAAAGCUCCUCAACAAAGUGAGCACUCGGGCUGCUGAGCUAGCAGCUGUAGGCUACAUUGUCAGCCACCCUGAAAAAUCUCCCCACCAGCAGCUAUACGCUCGGGCGUGUACUUCCCCCAUCAGCAGAUAUACACUGAGACAUCAUGCUUUGAAAGAAAGCUUUAUAAAGGCAAUAGGCGUUGGAGUAGGAUUUAAUCUGCAGAGAAUUGAAUUCCAUACAUCGCCAUUACAUAUGCAAACAGGGCCAGUAUCUAAGGAAACAAUAAUGUUUUUGGAUGGAGACCAGGAAGAAGCAUGGACAUUUGAGGAAACUAUUCUGGAUGAUAAUCAUCAUGUUGCUGUUGCACUUGGCAAACCAGACAUGUUUGGCAAAUAUCCUGUACAGGUACAAGAGAAUAUUAAUCAAGAACCACCGAAGUUCACACUUUUGUCCUUUAAGGAUCUAAUCUCAUCAGCCAUUGCUAUGGUACCAGAGGAUCCAACGUGCUGGGAGAAUUUUCAAAUCAAGCAGGAAAAACCAAGUCGUCAACAUCGGAUGUCUGUAUGACCUUAUUGUAUGGAGCAAAACUGUCAGCAAUGAAUCUUGGGUAUUUUAAUCACAUAACCUUGGACAACCAAAGGAGACAAUGCACACUAUAAAUCGAUUCCUUCCAAUUCCUCAGACGGAGCUUCUCUUCAAAUUUUGCAGAAUGAUGGAUGUAUUCUUUGGUUUUGAAUUCAUAAUUUAUGAUGCUGAGUGUGAUAUUGUCAUAUUGAUGGCUUUUUAUUUAAUAAUGUGCUUUUGAAGUGCAAAAUUAAAAACAAAAAUAUCUGUAUGACAACGAAA